CGAAUUUCCCUUUCGAAUUCAUCACCCUUGCAUGAGCAUGUUCCUCCCGCCUCCCUCUACUUUCACCACUAAAUUUGUUUCGAAUUCUUGUGCUCUGCCCUAGUUCACGGAUCUUUGUUUGGCAUUUUUUUGUAAGGCCGCAAGACGGCGGCAAGCGAAUUUCGACUUCCUUGCACAACUUGAACUGAUUUUACCGUCUUUUCGGCACCUCCUUCAAAGCGGAGGCACUACUUGCUUCUUCUUACCCAUUGUACAUACGUUUGCGUUCUUUACGACGUCCGCUGUCGGACAGACGUGACUGGGCGUCUUGGCGACAAGUUAUAACAUUUCUCGCACAACGAACUGCGAAUCCGACCAAGAAACGAGUUGAACCGCCGCGUAGCGAUACACCCGGACCACGGAACACGCUUAGUCCCGGCUGGACCAUGCGAUGAGCAACCAUGGAGGCGCGGUCUGGGAGUACAAUCCCGUCUGGGCGCCCGACGUGGACCCGGAUGCACUGAGGCGGGCCUUCGAGUUUGUGGGGCCGGGAGAAUGUCUGAAUCAGGCGGGGGAGUCCCUGACCACCCGCAAGGAACUCUACCACUACGCAAAAACUGCUUCCUACAAGGACUGCAUUCAAGCCACGCUAGACGAAGAAUGGGCAACUGGUAGCAUCGCCUUUCGUGUUUUUGUCGUUUUUAUUGGGCGUGUUUUAUUGUUCCAACUCAUUGAUAAAAUAAAAAUUGCAGGUGCGGUAGCUUCUCUUCUAGCUUCGAAAUAAAUCACAACAAAAACAACAGGUUUCGCGUACAACAAAGUGCGGCAGAUGUGCCGGGUGUACGGGUGGGUAUACAAGAAGAUCACGGUCCCGCCCUGGACCGCGUUCUCCAUGGACAGUGCAUCGGCCAUCGAGCUCGCGGACAAGAAUCCCUCGAUCGACUGCUGGCGAAAACGGGGCGCGGUAACCUGCGGGUACCCCCUGGGCAGUAACCUGGAUCCCAGUCGCCCAUGCUGGGAGGGCUCCAGGAUCGCCGCGGGAGCGCGCUGCACCGUCAAAUGCCAGAGCGGGUAUCUGCCCUGGCCGAAGAUAACCACCUGCCGGAAGGAGGGCUACCUCGAGCGCGCCGGGUGCUGGACCAUUGCAAACAACAAGCUGCAGAUUGAUGUACUUGUUUUCGUGUUUUUUGUAAAUACAGUGCGCUGCAGCACUAGCUUUUGUCCACAGAUAUUUUUACUAGGUCACUCGUCCUCAGUUGGUUCAAUGUGUAGUGUGUGGCUUUUCUUGUUUUCCGUCUGGUUGGUCGUACUACAUGGUUGGUGCAGAAAAACCACGGGAUGCAAAUGGUGCAACUAGAAAAGCACAAGUGAUUAUUACUCUCAGGUGGACCAAAACUCCAUGUUUGUGCAAGAGCAGCAGGCCAUUCCAGAGCAGUACCAGCUCGACACACGCGGGAACCCGGAUUCGUGGUGGUAUUUUUUACAUUUGCAAGUGCAUCUCGCUUCUACUCUUUGUACCUCGUCUGGCUGAGCAACCUACCGUCAACAUGUGACAACUCGAGAAAUUGUGCUUGCUCACGUCGCAUUCGCCGUGCUCGAAAAGGAUCCAACAUUGUAUCAAUUUCAGGUAUUCCUUCAUGGAUCCGAAUUGGACGACCGAGCUCCGUGAUAUGGACGUGCUGCUGGCCCGUAUGCGGCUGAAGUACAAGGUUUCCGAGUUCGACCCGGCGAUUAACUAUCAAAUGCAAAAAUGUCUGGGUCUGGAAGAAUCCGAACUUGUGAUGCUGCAUUUGGAUUCCAAAAAAAAUCUGUAUUGCAUGACCAGCACAGGGAAGGCAAUUUUGGCUACGCGGAGAGGGCAUUGGCCAUGCGGAAUAGGCAUCGCGAAGCCCUCGAAAUAAAGUCUGUGAUGCUACGGCAUGCAUUACAGACAUCAUGGCCCAUGCUAAACGUGCAUGACAAGUUUCAGAAUCUUCCAGACCCAGACAUUUUUGCAUUUGAUAUUAACGUACCCGCAGCGGAUGCCUACGACCGCGAGAUCAUGCUUCAGAGCCGUCGAAUCGGCGUCCACGAGCCGCUCAUCGUGCGCGACAGCAUUAUGACGCAAUUGGACUUGCCAAAGCAGGCCGUUCGGAUCACGGGCAUCGAGUGGGUGCGGAACUCUGAACUGCGGCGCGAGCUGCAGGAGAUAACAGACGGCGAGGAUGGGGCGAUUGCAGAAGACGCGCACGACGGUGUCAGAGAUUCCCCGAUCGAUGAGCAGCUGUCGAGAGCGUCAGAGCUGGAGGUGCUGCACGAAAAGCCAACCGGUCGCGCGCUGAUAGAAGAACCAAAAAUGGUUGCGAGUUUUGUAGAACAAGAGCCGACAUCACAACCUCUACGAUCCGGAGAAGUGACCACGAGUAGGCGCAACCGCGAAGGAGCGAGUCGUCAUUCCGCCGCGGAGCAGCACGGAAAGUCCACGAAAGGAAAGAGGACCACCUCCGCCCAUACAACCGAACCAGAGGCCGCAUCAUCUGCAUCUUCAGCUAGGCGCGGCGGUGUUGCUCAUUUGGACGCGUCGUUGCAUAUGCAGAAGCUUGGGUCGCCCCGCAGUGACGGUGUGGUGUCGCUCGGGCGAGGGUACGAGCAGAGUGCGUCGAGUAGCAGCAGCUCGUGGCAAGUAGGCAGGCGGAAACUAGAUGGUGUGGAGGUGGACGGACACAAAUCUUUCGCACGAGGACCUCGCGCAUCUGCGUCCUCCUUUUCCCAAACGAGCAGUAAAAAUGCAGCGACGUCCUCAUCGUCAUCGUCCGGAAAGAAUUCAAGACAGAAUCCCUGGAAGGAUUUUUCGUAUCCAGACAAGUCCCGCACCUACUACACAAGCACGGCGAAAAAGAAAAAGGAAAAGCACGACGUUCGCACCUCGCCGGCGAGGAAAAGACGGAACAGCGAUCCUGUUCGCGAACGACUGCGCAAACUCGUCCAGCGGCGCGCGCGUAGGAGGUUAGAGGAGCCAGAAAAUUAUGCGUCUGAACCAAAAGCAGGAUCGAAAGAAAGCAGUGCCAGCAACAAUAAACAUGUUGGAAAAGUAGAACAAAGCUCGAAGCAGGAACGCGAGACUGGUGGGCGCCAGAGAGUACGCGUGCCGCCCGACAGAGAAUUGCGAAGCGGAAAAGUAGGCACCAAAACCGGCAAUGAAGAACUAGUUCUGCCGGAGGUGCGCAAUACGAUACCGAACUCGGCCCGGCAGCCAUUUUCUCCGCGAGAGCAGGUGAAGAAGACGUCCAAGCAUUCGAAACCACUCCCGAUGAAGAAUGAUGCAAGCCACGAGGACAUCGAGCUGAUGAGGCAGUUGCUGGAAAGCAAAGAAAGCCACGACCAGAAGGAUGAAGGCGCGCGAGAGCGGUUGCAAAUCGCACGAGAGCAGGAUGAAUUCGAGAGACUGAAUCGGGAAAUCGCAGAAAGCCGGCGGCUCCACGAAAUUGAAGAGCCGGAUACGCCAUCGCUGUCGAGAGGACACGGUCUCGCGCGAGGAUGCAACGAGCAAGACAUCACUCUGAGUGCCCUGAGCGGGGGCAAGUGCGCUAGCGAGGAGACAGAGCAAGCAUUUUCCCGUUCGUUGCUGGUCGAGAACGGGGUCGAGUUCCUGCUUGAAGACUUCUACGUGGAAAUUUUGCCGCCGUCCAACCUCCAGUCCAACCAAACGCGGCUCCGGGAGUUCCAGACCGCCCUGCAAACGCGCCUGACCAACGGGCUGCCGCGCGUGACGAACACCAUUCUGGAGAACGUCCUGCACCGGCGCAAGACGCUGAAGUCCACGACGCUGAGUCUGGAGGAGUUUUACGGACAGAACUCGCAGCACAUCCCCAUGCGCAUCUACUACCAACUCGAGGGGAAGUCGCCCGGGUCGCAGUCGGACCACCCGCACCACACCGAGGACCACUUCACAGACGACAGCCUGCUGAAGGCCGAUUACAGCCACGCGGCGGACGACUUGUCCAUUUCGUUUCCGAAGCCCUUCAUGCAGGAGUUUUGCCAGGAGAAACUGUCCUUCAACGGCUACCGUGGCUGCCAGUCCUUCACGCUCGGGGGGUCGCAGUGCCAGUCCUGGGAUCGCCAGUGGCCGCGGGCGCACACGUUCUCUCCUGUGUACGACCCGCUCGGGGAUCCCUUCAACAGCAACCCAUCCCGCAAAAGCGCCAACCUCUACUCCAUCAUGCUCCGCAACAACUUUUGCGCAAACCCCGAUGGCCGCGAACCCGGGUCGUCGUCAAAAGUGCUCUACACGAGUGAGGCGAUCUGGUACUACUUAUUGCGAGAGCUGUGCUUUUUUUGUUUUGUUGACAAUGUAAGCAUGACACAGACGCUCUUCACACCGACUGGCGCACUGUGCUUCCUUCUUGUUAAAAAUUUGUGAGUACUACUGAACAACAGUAUAAAACAGAGAGUUGCAUCACGAGUGGUCGGUUGACUGUGGUUCGUGGAGCUGCUGUGAACAAGCGAGUGUCAAUAUGUUGGAUUCUCAAAUAAAAUUUACGUGCCUUGAAAUCCAAACAGGUGCUACACAAACGAUCAGAACGGUCCGGAAUGGGACUACUGCGAGCCGAAGACGCGGAAUCCGCCGAUCCGCUGCCACAAGAGCGACCCCUUCUUCCUCAUGGUCGGGGGUCGGCGGUUCACAGGCUACAUGCACAACUCACUGUCCUACCUCGCACCGUCGCAGUACGAGACCACCGUGCUGAUGCGCAACGGCAUCGUUCCCUUUCGCGUCGGCGAAGCCACACUGAACCUGACGCUGUGGAAAGACAACUACGCAAGUGAGAACCUCAACAGAAGCUGUGCGAGGUACAAGCGUACUCUAGAGUGUCACUGUUUAUUUGCGGAGCUGCUGCCCGGGGCUCGGAAUCAAUUUAUUACAGUGUAUAAGAAAUAGAAAACAAAAAAAAUUAUAGAGCAAUUUUACGUAGCAGUAGCUAGUACCUCUUAUGCCAAAGGUUCGAGGAAAAAAAUCCGUUGAUAAUAUUCUACUCAAACUCACAGUUGGGACAGCGACUAUAACGGGAGCUUCGACAUUUUCUGUGUCGACACGGUAUCAGACUUGCAGCGGAACGAGGACGUGAAGGCACUCUCUUACGAGAUACGCAACGCCACCGACGAGAACAAACGGAUACGAUCGCGCAUCUAUAUUCGGCCACACUGUAAGAAAGUAGUUCUACUUCAACCUACUUACCGACUUUUCAAAGUAACAUACAGCAUGACCAAGAAUGACGAAACCAGCGGCAUAAGUAAACGAGAAUGAGCGCUAGCACUCCUGCUCUUUAGAUCGACUUUUAGCGGAUUGAUACUACAAAUACAGGUACCGACCGGUUGUUUCACCCGACCAAGAACCACCUGCCCUGGAUGUCGGGCGUGCGCUACACGUUCCAUUUCCGCUUCGAAAGCGAUCCCGUCGACCUGCCCACGAACGUCACGGACAACCGGCGUUUCGGGUUGUCGGAACACCUGACGGGUCAGUGUCGCGAGGAGUGCAUGAAGCUGGGCUACUUCAAGUGCGGCGCGUUUGUCACGAAGCAGUGGCAGGACGGGCUGAACUUCACCGACCCGGAACAGGGGCUCUACAACUGCUACAUCUUCCACCCAGAGGACCUCACGAAGGGCUUAGUGUCCAUCGGUGCGGGCACCGAUAACAAAAACGACGUCACGACGUGGAUGGUAAAGAUGUUCGGCGUUUUCUUUAGUUUUACGUAUGUGACUUCUGUUCUUUCUUGUGCCUGUUUGGAUGAUGGAUCUAGAGGCAUCCGAGGGCACGCCUAUGUAUGAGGGAACAUGCAUCUCUUCAACUGUUGCACUAAACUAAGUAGCACGAUGAACUGAGGACAAUGAAAAGAAAAACUUCACACAGACCAAGAACGAGACCGUGUACAGGAGUGCCCGGUGGAACUAUACCGAGGCCCCUCCCAUCCACCAAAAGCCAGCGACCGACGACGGAGCGACGUUUUUUGAAAGCAUGAAGAUCGUGCUGGUCGGUCUGGGGUUCGUACUCGCGGCAGCGGUGAUCUACUGGUGCGUGAAGCGGUAUAUCCUGAAGAAUAUGGAGCUUCGCCGUCGGGCCGCGGAAGGGAAGCUGGGCCUGAAGGACGGACUGGGCCUCGGCGGCGCAGGCACCGCGGGAAGCAACGGUACUCGUUUUUGCAGUGUAUGGUCUUUUCUGUGUACAACGAACUUGAGAAAAGUUGUCAGCUGAAAUUUUCUUUUUACAACUUCGCGGUGGUUGUGGUAUCAUUUGAUUUGAUUUUGCCCGAAUUCUUGUGUGACAACACAACUUUCGACCCAAACUGUCCAGUUCCAACGCUUUCUGUGAUGGCUCCGGUGAUGCGACGAUCCAAUGACCCGCGAACCGAGCCGGUUCGGCUGCCCGACCACGUGAUCCACAUUAUCCUGUAUAAAAACGUCCCCACACCAGAGUCAAGAUGGGAAAUCUGCAACACAAAUCCAAAUGUUUUGGGAAUCACGCAUGACAGUCUUCUCGCUGAAUUGUAGUGCUGGUUAGCAAGCACAGCCGCAUUACUUACAAAGCCGUCCCCUUGUCCUGUUUGCAGCAUUACAAAUUCCAAAACAGGAUUGAUUAUGCCUCUCUUGGGGAUGCGCAUUACAAAUGUUCCUGUCCUUGCAAUUCUGCAUGACUGACAACUCUGGGGUGGGGACGUUUUUCAUCAGGAUCCACAUGGACGCCGACGAACACCAGCGGGAAAAAGAAGCCCGUCGGGCCGGCCAGAAGGAGAGCCGCAUCGGCAAGAAGUGGCGACCGAAGAGCGGGCCGGGGUCCGACGUACCGUUUGGCACCAAUCCCGACCUGUGGCACGCCGGGUUCCAGGGCCGCGAGAGCCAGUUUCACCCGAGCACAGGCAGCGUCGGCGAGGCCGUUAGCCCUGCGAAGGCCCACUACGAGCGGAAAGUCAGUCCGCAGAAACGGACCGCUUGGUUGGACGAAACAGCGCCGGACAUGAUGAUUGGUGCCGGCCGCGGCGUCGAGGACGCGGAGAAGCUGCGGCACUACAAGGAGCACCGCAUAAAGAGCACAACCAAGCUAAUGCAGCACUGCAUGGACGAUGAUAACUUCGUAGGUGAGCAACAGCAGCACCAGCAGCAACACCAGCAUCAGCCCAUCCGGGUGGAGGACAUGUCGCCGAGCCGAGCAAAUAACGUUGCGGGGGUGAACCGCAUAGGUCUGGCGGCAGCUGCGAAUCCAGGCGGAAUUGUGUUUGACAGCAACGUGUUGGCGCACGCCGGCCACCACGACCCGCGCAUGCUAGCGUCUCCCGCCCGCAUUACGAACCCGAAUGCCAUUCCGGAUAGUACCGGCCAGCUACAGCUGCAGCCGCGGCAAACCGGGGUCGCCGCCAGCGCCGCCGCGCCGCGGCUGUCCCCCGUGCUCAACAACAAUCCCGCCCCCGUUGGACAGGCACGUACGCGCGCGGGCCAAACACCCACCGCAGCCGCGGGAAGUUGGUACACGAGCGUUGGUGGUGGCGACCAGACCGGUGUCGCGUACCCGCACCAACAAGGCGCAUUUUCUGCCCAUAAUCGCAACAGUAACGCGGCCAAUGCGCCGAGCUCCGUAAGUCCGGUUCGGCGCGCCAGUUUGAACGCGCCGGGAUACGAUAUCAACAACGUACGGAUUUCGGAACUGGCCCCGAGCAUGGGCGCCACACGCGCUGCCCGGUCGGCCUCCGCCGAAAGUCGCUACCUCGCUGCCCCCGGGGACUUCAACGUCGCGAACGGAUCGAUGAGAAAUGCAGCCCGAGAUUCCCGCUAUGCGAUGCAGCGGGACGCAAUGUUUGGAUCCGACUUCCUGGGCCGCUCGCAAGACGAUUGAAUGCCUGGAGCAUGAGGUUGCGCCAGCUGUGUUUAUGAAACAACAGUCUAAAAAUAACAAUACUACUUACCACUUCUAUUUGAUACGAAUACAUCAACUUCUAGACAUCAGAUGAAAUCAAAUUAACAACAAAAAUCCAGUGACGGUUAUUGGUUGACGUUUGCUAAUGCUGUAGCAUGACUGCCAGAUAGAUACUAAACCUAAAAAAUCGAUGAAAUUUCCUUAGGAGUGCUCUACGCACCACAGGUAGAGAGGGCACGAGAAGUCGAGCAGAACUUGCGACGACUGCCCAACUGCUAAAAGAACUUUUCUUUGUUUUUAUUCGCACAAAUUACAAUUAGUACUCGCACACGCACGCGCACCUUUCGCUGUUGCUUUUGAUUACUCUAUCGUUACAUUAUCGCUUGAUCAGAGAAGGGGUUUGAUCUUGAGAGCCCUUUCCCUUGGAGCAAAGAUGGCUCCUCUUGACUAUCAUUGUUUUUAACGCUGAAUCGGCUGUGACCUUCACGAAGUGAAUGAUACUUCGAACAAGAUGAACAUGAACUGCUCGUUUGUGUUUGAUGAUAGUUACUAUUCGCUUUG